UUCUUCUUCCAUCUUCCGCGCCACCACCACAGCAGAGCAGAGCACCGCCUCUCAUCCGCACGCGGCCAUGGCGCCCCUCUCCACCGCCAUCCGCCUCUCGCGCUCCCCGGCGGCCCCGCGGGCGCUCCCUUCACCAGCCACUCGCCUCGCCGCGCCCUCGAGGCGCCGCCGGGCCCUGUCGGUGCGCGCGGAGGCGGCCAAGGAGGUGGAGGAGCCGGUGGAGCUCAAGGCCGGGGUGGCCGUCUACAAGCCGCGCUCCUACGAGGUGCUCGUCUCCGACGCUGCCCGCUCCCUCGCCGCCGCCAUCGACGACGGCAGGACCCGCCUCGAGAUCGAGUUCCCGCCUCUGCCCAGCAGCAUCUCUUCUUACAAGGGCUCUUCGGACGAGUUCAUCGACGCCAACGUCCAGCUCGCUCUCGCUGUCGUGAGGAACCUCAAACAGCUCAGGGGCACCCGGUCCUGCAUAGUGUUUCCUGAUCAGCCGGAGAAGCGAAGGGCCUCGCAGAUAUUCAAAACUGCUAUAGAUUCGAUCGAGGGUAUAUCCAUCAGUUCCCUGGAUGACGUGCCGACUGGGCCUGUCGACUCCUUCUUCAGAUCGAUCAGAAAUACCCUUGAUUUCGACUUUGCUGACGACAAUGAAGAUCAAUGGAAAUCUGACGAACAGACAUCACUGUAUAUCUUCAUCAACAGUAGCACACAGGACCUUUCAUCUAUAGAGAAGUAUGUGGAAAAUUUUGCUGGCUCUGCACCUGUUGUUCUCUUUAAUCUUGAACUAGACACCUUGCGAUCUGAUUUGGGUCUUCUGGGGUUCCCCCCGAAAGAUUUGCACUACCGAUUUCUUUCUCAGUUUACCCCAGUAUUUUACAUCAGACAGCGUGACUACUCCAAGACAAUUGCAGUCACUCCAUACAUAGUGAACUACAGCGGCGCCGUCUUCCGUCAAUACCCAGGGCCCUGGCAAGUCAUGCUUAAGCAGGCUGAUGGUUCUUAUGCAUGUGUUGCAGAGAGUGCAUCUCGGUUCACUUUGGGGCAGGCCAAGGACGAGCUAUUGAGAGUUUUGGGUUUGCAAGAAGAGGAAGGAAGCUCGCUUCAAUUCCUCAGACAGGGAUAUAAGAAUGCUACUUGGUGGGAGGAGAAUGGCGAUCAGGAGGAGUCUACUGCAUGGCGAACUUGAGACGCCGACACAAGUUUGCUGAUCUGAACGGCAAGUGGAGAUAUAUAGGCCGAACCCUGUUCAUAAUGUCCCUGAAAAUAGAGUGUCCAUGAAUCCUGAGCUGAAAUUGAAGGAAGAAGCCCAGACAGCAAUGAUAUAGCCAUACAGUGGAGACACUGCCUGUGCUGAAUUUGUACCAUCUGCUUUGAGUUCUGAGAGUGAGAGGAAUUCUCUCUGCUUUUCUUGUGAUUAUGUGAUGAGUACAAGUGUAAUACAUGUGACUACUUUUGCAAUGAAUCUUAUGGCUUCUUUUCA